UUCAGGAUACUGUGCAUGGAGGGGCGUUCUUGAGUAUUCAGGAAAGAAUUUGGAUACCAUGAUGGGCUUCCGGAAAGCGUAUCCUGAUCUUGGAAGGUGCUUAUACAUGGAAUUGGCUCCUGGAACUCACUCAACUCUUUGUGAGCUUAUGUACGAGAGGCUCAAUUGGAUUUGGUAUAUCAAUCAACCUGAGCCCCAAUUGAAGGGAAGUUCAGUUACUAUUAAAGUAAACAGCGACAUGAUAAGCGCAAUGCACCAGGAGGCUGAGAAGAUUUGGAUUCCUGAGUUUGGAAGAGUGAUAAAAGAAACAAAGGACCCUUUCAUUAGUGUUAUUUAUGAUUGUGAUCCUUUGAAACAAAUUGUUUGGGACAGAGUGGUGUUAAUCGGAGACGCUGCUCAUCCCACAACUCCACACUCUGGAAGAAGUACAAACAUGUCAAUAUUAGACGCAGCAGUAUUAGGCAAAUGCAUGGAGAAAUGGGAGCCAGUCAAUUUUCAAAUGGCCCUUGAAGAAUAUCAAUCUAUAAGGCUACCUAUCACUUCAAUGCAAGUCCUACAUUCCCGGAAAGUGGGUCGAAUCAAACAAGGCUUAACUCUUGCUGGUAGGGAGCCUUUUGAUCCGAUGACUGCAACUCCAGAGCAAUGUGAAAACCUUCAACAGAAGAAUGUGCCUUUCUUUGCCGAUGUUCCUGAAUCGCUUAAUUAUCUGUUUGAUUAAAAAUAAGUAAUUUCUGUGAUCAAUCCUUCCACUCAUGCUCAACUUAGUUUUGUUGUUCAUAAUGAAUAAAAAAAUAUUUCACUUUCAUCUUCCAUUCUUGCUCAAAGUUGAUGCGAUUGAGGAAAAUAAUGUUAUUGUUGGUUCAGUUGGAGAGAUGAUGAGAGUAAAGAGAGAGUGAUUUGUAAAAGAAAGGGACGGCAAAGGCUGAAAGUUUUUCUAU